CAGCUGAAAGCAAAGAAUGAUGCAGUCUCUAAGAUUCAUCAUAGCAAGUUUUGUGGUGGUGUUAUCCGUUUCACUCACCACUUCAGUCCCAAUUGAAGAAGCAUUCAACCAUUGUCUAACACUCCACUCUCAAACAAACCAAUUUCCCUCUUCAAUCUACACUUCAACCAAUGGUUCCUACACUUCAAUCCUUGAGUCCACUGCACAAAAUCUAAGGUACUUGUUGCCUUCAGUGCCAAAACCAGAUUUCAUAUUCACCCCUUUUCAUGAUUCUCAAGUCCAAGCAGCAGUGAUAUGUGCAAAACAGCUUGGUAUUCACAUGAGAGUGAGAAGUGGAGGGCAUGACUAUGAAGGCCUCUCUUAUGUUUCUCUUAUUGAGAAGCCAUUCAUGAUCCUAGACUUGGUCAAACUUCGUGAAGUCAAUGUUGAUGUAGCACACAACACUGCUUGGAUUCAAGCUGGUGCCACUAUUGGUGAAGUUUAUUACAGGAUUUCAGAGAAAAGUCCAGUGCACGGUUUCCCUGCAGGGCUUUGCUCAAGCUUGGGUAUUGGGGGGCAUAUCACAGGAGGUGCAUAUGGUUCCAUGAUGAGAAAGUAUGGUCUUGGUGCUGACAAUGUCCUAGAUGCUAAAAUUGUCGAUGCUAAUGGCAGGAUUCUUGAUAGAUCAACUAUGGGGGAGGACCUCUUUUGGGCUAUAAGAGGAGGUGGUGGAGGCAGCUUUGGAGUUAUUCUGUGGUGGAAGAUCAAGUUGGUUCCUGUGCCACAAACUGUGACUGUUUUCACAGUAACUAAGACCUGGGAACAAGGAGGAAACAAGAUUCUUCAUAGAUGGCAGCAAGUGGCUCCAAAUAUUGAUGAGGACCUCUUUAUUAGAGUCAUCAUUCAACCAGGGAAUAGUAGUGUUCCUGGCCAAAGAACUGUUACCACUUCUUACAAUGCUCUUUUUCUUGGUGGUGCUGAUAGACUUCUUCAAGUUAUGAAGCGAAGUUUUCCUGAAUUGGGUUUGACAAAAAAGGAUUGUUUGGAAACUAGCUGGAUCAAAUCUGUGCUUUAUAUUGCUGGCUAUCCUGAUGGAACAGCCCCAGAAGUUCUGCUCCAAGGGAAAUCCACUUCCAAGGCUUACUUCAAAGCCAAAUCAGAUUUUGUAAGGCAAGUAAUCCCAGAAAAUUCCCUCAAUGCACUAUGGAAAAUUUUUCUGCAGGAUGAUGGACCCUUAAUGAUUUGGAAUCCCUAUGGAGGAAUGAUGAGUAGGAUUGCAGAAUCUGCAACCCCUUUUCCUCAUAGAAAAGGAACACUCUACAAAAUUCAGUAUGUAACUGGAUGGCUUGACGGAGAGAAGAGUAUGGCCAAGCAUAUGAACUGGAUGAGGAAAUUUUAUUUCUUCAUGGCUCCCUAUGCUUCACAGUAUCCAAGGGAAGCUUAUGUGAAUUAUAGAGAUUUGGAUAUAGGGAUGAACCAGAAGAAUAACACAAUGUUUUCUAAUGCUUGCUCUUGGGGAUAUAGGUAUUUCAAGGGUAACUUUAACAGGUUAGUAAAGGUUAAAACCAAAGUUGAUCCAUCUAAUUUCUUUAGGCAUGAGCAGAGCAUCCCUCCAUUGCCAACUGGUAAGAGAGGGUAAAUUGGCAAGAACAGGAGAAUAU